GUGACGUCAGCCUCGGGCACUUCCGCCUCCAAGCUCGGCUCUGGUCGGAGAAUCUCUUCCCCCUCCUUCCUGUUACGUCACAUUCGCUCAAGCUUACUAGACCCCGCCUCCAUUUGCUGUAAUCUUGUGGCUAUGACAGAAGAGGCCAUUCCUAUCUCUUUUGUGCCAGGACAAGAAAUACGAUGUGUUCUUCACUGGUUUUCUGAAUGGACAGAACAUCAACGAAACCGCUUUCUUCAGGACCUGCUGUGCAAAGCAGUGCCUGGGAAACUGUGCCUGCUUCUCGAAGGACUGGGCUCCUUGCAACUUUCUGCACCCCCACCAAGCCUUUUUCAGUGUCAAAUGAAACUUUGGGAUCAGUGGUUCCAAAGCUGGGACGAGGAUGAAAGAAAUGAAUUUUUACGACAACUGGAGCAGCAGGAACCCAGCUUUGUGGCCCAGUUUUACAAGGAAGUGGCAGGAACUGCAGGCAAGGCCUAGCCACCAUAGAUGAGAGGUGUUUGAAUGCAUUUCAUAAGUAGGGGAUGAUAAAACAAGAGGAAACGUCGUGGGAGAAUAUGGAAGCUUUAAAGGGGUUUUCCUGGAGUAGAAUAUUGAUUGAAACUUCACCAGACAGCUGUUUGAAGGGUCUGCAGUGCUCCGAUAAGUGCUGCGGCCUCCUCACAGCUUUCCGAACACUGUAUAGUGUCUGUCCUUGGUAUUGCAGCCCAGCCCCAUUCACUUAAAUGGGACUGAGCUGUACCCAGGUCAUGUGACCGAUAAAUAUGGCAUCACUGGCCUAGGAAGAGGCCACCUUCUCUUCCAUCAACUGAUCGGCAGGGGUGUUUGGAGUCAGACCCCCAUCGAUCAGAUAUUCAUGACCUAUCCUGAGGAUAGGUCCUCAAUAUUCUACCCCCGGAAAACCCCUUUAAUUCUUUCAUAUAUACAUUAGUAUUGCAGAUUCUAGUGCCUUGCAGUUUCCUUACUUUUUUUAAUAAACGAUGAGGAGCAAUUUUUGUUUUUUGUUCCAGGUUUAUCUUGUAAAACGUUUUAGGAAGAGACCAGUCAGUGCAUUUCCAGGAGACGUCGCUGAAAUGUGAAGGCAGUUAUGUGGAAAUUGUUACAUAACUUAAUUACUUUGCCAUUUUCUGGUUCUUUCUAGUAAAAUCCGCUUCUGCAGGAGUUUUGAUUUCUUUCUGUUAAUCUCAUAAAGGAUGAAAUCGUAUCCUCUCCUCCACUCCGGUCUGGAGUGAAUUUUCCACCUUCUUUAGAAAUCCUUCAUUGGACAACUUCUAUCUCAGGGCUGUGAAUGGUAAAUGUCUCUUAUUUGCAAGACUCUCGCCCUGUGUUUACGCCAGCAGAUGGCGAGAAGCAGCAUUGUGCAAAAGAGGACUCCAAAGCUACCACCGAUUAGACCAACGUGGCUGAGAAUGCGGUUUUGAGAGCCAGGGGACAGGAACCUGCAGAAAAGAAAAUUAGGUUACCAAGCAAUGAGAUGGACAUGCCCAAAAUUGGCAUUCUGUUACUAUAAAGUAAGGGUGCUGCCACACAGUUUUUGUCAUGGCGGGGUUUAUUUAUCUCCCCCCCCAAAAAAAAAAAAGUACAAAAAUGGCAGCAGUUUUGUGGUGUUUUUGCCUAACUAGUGUUUAUAUAGGAAAGUAUGUGCUCCUCUCUGAUGUCACUUCCUCUUUAGAUCAGUAUGGGAAAAACGCUACAUGCAUUUCCGCUUGUAUUUAAAAAAAAAAAAAAAAA